AUGACGGGCGGCGCGCCGCCGCCGCCGCGCGUCCUGUUCGCGGUGGAGGAGCUCGGCUUCGUGGUGUACCACAUUUACGGCCUCACGGAGACGUACGGCCCGGCGACCGUGUGCACGUGGAUGCCCGAGUGGGACGCGCUGCCGGCGGAGGACCGCGCGCGGCUCAAGGCGCGGCAGGGGUUCCACCACGUCGCGGUGCAGGACGUGGACGUCAAGCACCCGGACACCAUGGAGAGCGUGCCGCACGACGGGGAGACGGUGGGCGAGGUGAUGUUCCGGGGCAACACCGUGAUGAGCGGCUACUACAAGGACGUGAAGGCGACCAAGGAGUCGAUGGCCGGCGGGUGGCUGCACACCGGGGACCUCGCCGUGCGGCAUCCCGACGGGUACAUCGAGCUCAAGGACCGGGCCAAGGACAUCAUCAUCUCGGGCGGCGAGAACAUCAGCUCCAUCGAGGUGGAGUCAGUGAUCUUCAGCCACCCUGCUGUCCUUGAGGCGGCGGUCGUGGCAAGGCCAGACGACCACUGGGGCGAGACGCCGUGCGCGUUCGUCAAGCUCAAGGACGGCGCCAGCGCCACGGAAGCGGAGAUCAUAAGCUUCUGA